CUUUUAGCAAAUGAGUAAAAUUUAGAUUUUGGAACUUUUGGAGCAAUAGAAUAUGUUGUGGGUCGGCGUCGGCCUUUGGAUGCCUAUGAGGCGAAGUUCCGUCUUCCCGCGAUAAAUCCGAUAAUUUAGCGCGAGUACGUGCCUGGAGUGUAUCAUCCGGACAAGGGUUCUUGCGUGUAACCUGACCGAAAUCUCGAGCCUUGCCACUCCGGUAUAAUACAGUACCAAGAGAUUUGGAGAGCGAUUAGAUCGCACAAUCUUCAAUCCCAAUCGCUACGGUCCGAGCUCGUCAUAAGUUGCAAGAUGUUUGGCCCAAACCUUAUGACCCCUCCAAUAUGGAUUGCCUCAUAAACAGAGGCUGCAGAGGAGCAGGCUACUCCACUGGAUGCUCUGCUUUACUUUCCGGACCGUUCCGUACACCUCGCGUCUUGUGGUUUACCUUAUUUCGUUUCAUCGUUUUGCGUUUGUGGUCCCGGCAGAUCCCGCUAUCUUGUUACAAAUUGACAUGGAACCAGAAGAGUGAGGCUUAGAGCCGCGGUAUGAAGAUAAGAGAAGUGGAGGGUUUCUGUUUUUUUGUUUUUGCGUUGCCGAUAAUUUAUCACCCUACCGGUUGGCCCGGUUUGAUGGUGAUGCACAUACCUGCGAAUCUGCGAGGCGCAUAAAUUACAGCGCGUGUCACGAUAACGAGCCGUAGCCAGCGGUGCCUGUGGCGGCGCAUCGCGAGAGAGAUGCUACACUCUAUCAGUGGAAGCUGGAUGUCCAGCAGUUUGAGCUGGACUGGACACGGUGAAGUACGUAUCGUUAUGAAGAACAAGACGAAAGCAACCGAGAUGUCGUUCGAAGGCAAAGAAGCAGUACUUAUCUCUCUCCCUCUCUCACUCUACCAGAAGACUGGUCGAGAUGUGGUCAGACACAGCUUGGCACGAUUAUUGAUAAGCGAAUUUUUAAAUUCGUUUGCCAGAGUUCCAUUAGCUAAUUGUUUGGUGACAACAACAUACCGCAGGAAUGCUCUUAAUUCAUUAAGGGGGAUCGGGAAUGUUAUAAAUAUUAAAUGACUCCCGUGAGUGAUAAGAUAAACAGCUCAACAACAAGAAUGUUAUGUCAUCGAAGAGAAGCAAACCACAAAAAUGCAGCCUCUGGCUCUGGCUACACGUGCAACCUCGCCACGACACGUUCCGCGUACGUCAUUGACAACCGCAAACCAGUUAGCAAAUUAACGGUUCCGGAACCUUUUAGCACCGCAGCAGCAGCAGUAGCAGCAGCAGCUGUAUCAACGCUGAUGCUGCUAGCUCAUCAGUAUCCAAAACGCUACCCCCACGUAUCAAACAUAUCCAUCCCUCCGGCAAGGUGACAUCGGCACGGACUUUGAGAGCGCGCGAGCGCGUGCGUAUGUGUGUCGGUUUCGUUUUUCGUUUCCAACCAGCGAAUGCCACGCGCGAAACAAGUGGUCCAAAAAAUGCGUAAAAGUUUGCGUCGUCAGCAGCAGUGUGUUCUGGGAGCGUUGUGCUGUGUUCCCGUCUACCGCCAGGUUAACGCAAACGCGAACAAACGGAAUGGCGCUGGUGAUAAUAAUGGUGGCGAGGAUGUAGUGUACCGGGAUCGGACACGAAUGCGCCACAGUGUUGCUGUGCCAGAGAGGGCAAGGAAAUGCAAUAAGGCUCCGAGCGGCAGCGGCAGCAACAAUAACAGCAGCAACGGUGGUGCUACCGAAGGCGACAGCGACUAUGCAUGCCUGACGCCGGCCAACACCAAGCAAAGUAAGAGCUGCGGAGAUCUGCUAGAUAUGGAAACGACACCGGACGGCGGCAAUGAAGCGGUGGCAUUGAAGAAGGCGUUGGAAUGGGAACUGUCGUUGGAUUCGCGAGAUCUGCGGUCUCACGCCUGGUACCACGGUCCAAUACCACGCCAGCGGGCUGAAGAGAUCGUCCAGCAGGAGGGUGACUUUCUGGUGCGCGAUUGCGUUUCCCAGCCCGGCAACUACGUACUGACCUGCAAGACGAAGGGACCUACACUGCACUUCGUCAUCAACAAGCUGCUGCUGCAACCGGAAACCGUAUACGAACGAGUACAGUACCAGUUCGAAGAUGACGCUUACGAUACAGUUCCUGAUUUGAUUACCUUCUACGUAGGCUCGGGAAAAGCCAUAUCGGCCGCCUCUGGAGCGAGGAUUCAGUUUCCGUGCAAUCGAACCUACCCGCUGUCGUACUAUGCCGGCAAGUUUCCGCAGAAUAAUGGACCCCACGGUAUCCGUGGACCGAGUCCACUUAACUCACCCUCACCGGUACCAUCGUCACCUGGGUUUAGGUAUAAUCCCUACACGCAACAGACCAACUCCUACCGUAGCCCGAUGUCUUCGCCACCGCGCACAAAACGGGAAACGCCUCCCCGGUUACCGAGUAAGAAGCAGCGAUCCCAGUCAUUGACACCCCUACACGGCGCUCAGGGCGUACAGCAACGGUACUGCAGUGCGGAUGGGGUUAUCGGUGGACCGGUGGAUGGC